UUUCCUYGACUGAGAGGUCUCUCUUUUUCCUCAGGCAGUGGCUCCAAUCCUUUCCAGCAUCUGGAGAAGAGUGCUGUGCUUCAGGAGGCACGGCUCUUCAAUGAGACCCCUAUAAAUCCACGAAGAUGCCUUCACAUCCUCACCAAGAUCCUGUACCUGCUGAACCAGGGUGAACAUUUUGGAACCAUGGAAGCCACAGAAGCUUUUUUUGCCAUGACCAGAUUGUUUCAGUCUAAUGAUCAAACCCUCAGGAGAAUGUGUUACCUCACAAUCAAAGAGAUGGCCAAUAUCUCCGAGGAUGUCAUCAUUGUCACCAGCAGUUUGACCAAAGACAUGACRGGCAAGGAGGAUGUCUAUCGAGGCCCGGCCAUCCGAGCUCUGUGCAGGAUCACUGACGGUACAAUGUUACAAGCCAUCGAGAGGUACAUGAAACAGGCCAUCGUGGACAAAGUCCCCAGUGUGUCCAGUUCUGCACUGGUGUCUUCCUUGGUAAGUGAAACAGAAGAUUAUUAUCAAUCUAUUUAUUAUUAAAAAUUAUAAAUUCAC